GGCGGACUUUGACCGGUGCACCACAUUGGUUCCGGGCGGGAGUCUCAGUUUUGCGAUCGAAGGGCGGGGAAGGCGAAGCUGUUCACGCCUGAUCAUGCCCGUUAAGAGAGUUUUGAAGUUGGACAGCUUUACCACAGAAAAAGAACCCACAACUCCACUGCAGAGGAGAAAGAAAAAUUGCAAGUCUUAUUCACCAACUACAGGAACACGCCUAAUCAGUCCAUUUUCAACUCCCAGAAGCAAUAAUGUACAAGAGCACAGACAUGGUCUAUCAAAUGGAAGCAGAAAUGAAGUCCAUGACUUGCCAAAGAGCUCAUCCAAACAGGGACAACCUCAAAUAGAAAAGAAUGACAAAUUCUUAAUGGCACAACCCACAGUUGAGGAUUCAGUGGAAAAAUUUCUGCAACUGAGGCAGAAAUUGAUCCAUUUACAGGCUUUAGAGGGCAUCAGAGAGCCUGAAAAUAUUGUAGGUGUUUCAAACAACUCCUGCAACUUAAAAAGUGAAGUGAGAAAAAACAAAAAGCUGAUGGAACAAGUAAGAAAACUUAAGUGGUUGAGAAGAAGCCAUGGAGGUCUUCCUGCCCAAGGAUGUCAUCGGCAUGUUAACAGCUUCGAAUUCUUUAAAUCCCUCAUUGAAUAAGAUCUACUUUCCCACGCUGGUGAAAGCAAAGCAAGAACUUCAUAGCCUGAGGGGGACUCUGUAACAACUCUGAAAGCAGGGUUUGGUUUUACAAGGCAAGGACAUAAAGGUCACCACCUUGGGCGGCAUAUACCAGCUGCUCUUUCACACACACUCUCUGAGGAAGUGCUAUAAAGAUGUCUAGUUAUUCCAACCUUCUAAAUAUUUUAUACUCAAUUUUUGGAUUAAAAAAAAGACUCUGGAAUUACAAGGAUGCGCUAAUCCCUCCUAAAGGACAGUGCAAGUUGUGCCCUUGCUUCAGGGGCUCAAGCCUUAUUCUCAAUGAAAUUCCA